AUGUUUAAAGGAAUAAGUCCAAUAGUUAGAUCAUUUGCUACCUCAACUAGGUUAUCACAAUCAUCAUGUAAAGCAGGAACUGUGUUGAAUUUAAAAAUCAGAAAAUCCGGAAAUGAACCUGUUGCAUUAGAAGAUUCUGAAUAUCCUGAAUGGUUAUGGGAUAUGUUAAAUAAAGAUAAAAAAGAACAAGAUUUGAAAACUGGUGAUAUAAUGAAAUGGAGAAAGAAACAAUUGAAUAAAUCUAAUACUGCCAAGAUCAAAAAUAAUAAUUUCUUAUCACAAAUGUAG